GGUAGUUCAGACAUCAGCGCUCUGCGCGCAACAGGACGCACGGGAUUAUUCUUAGGAGGAAUAUAUUACACGCUCUUCUCCCGCGGUGCCCGGUUGAGUGUAUUCGUUGGUAGAAGGUAUUUUUUUCUUUCCUCUCACGGGAACAGGCUGCAGGAGAAAUGAAAGCGUGGCGGGUUCGGUUUCUGUACUUUCUGGUGUUGAAUGCAGCUGUGCAGUAUGCGACGUCCGUGGAAGAGGAGCUCGCCGAUUCUGUCCUUGGUAACUUCCUCGACCCUCUGACUGACUUGUUUGACCACAAAGAUGACAGCAAUCAAACUGUUGCCAAAUUCUCCCUCCGCAAACCAUCGCAUCCUGAUGAUGACCUGUGCUACAUCGUCCCCGGAAAACCCGACUCCCUGGCAGCCUGCACCUUCAACAGCACCUCCAAAACCUUCCUAGUAAUCCACGGAUGGACGCUGAGUGGUAUGUUUGAAAGCUGGGUGGCAAAGCUGGUGUCGGCGCUGUACGAGAGAGAGCAGAUGGCUAACGUUAUCGUGGUGGACUGGCUCACCUCGGCCCAGAACCACUAUGUGGUUGCAGCUCAGAACACCAAGGCAGUGGGGCAGGAGAUCGCUCGCUUCAUUGACUGGAUCGAGGAAACCACCAACAUGCCUCUUGAGAACAUCCACCUCAUUGGCUACAGCCUCGGGGCUCACGUGGCAGGAUUUGCUGGCAGCCAUGCAGCCAAUAAAGUCGGAAGAAUAACUGGUCUGGACCCAGCUGGUCCUGACUUUGAGGGGGAGCACGCCCACAGGCGCCUCUCCCCAGAUGACGCUUACUUUGUGGACGUUCUCCACACCUUUACCCGGGGCUCCCUGGGUCUUAGCAUUGGGAUCCAGCAGCCUGUCGGCCAUGUGGACAUUUACCCCAAUGGAGGCAGCUUCCAGCCGGGCUGCAACCUCAGGGGGGCCCUGGAGAAGAUCGCUAACUUUGGGAUAUUUGCCAUCACUGAUGCAGUGAAGUGUGAACACGAGCGCUCGGUCCACCUGUUCAUCGACUCUCUGCUGAAUGAGCAGGAAGCGGCCAAGGCCUACAGAUGCGGCAGCAAUGACAUGUUCAACCGCGGCAUGUGUCUCAGCUGCCGCAAAAGCCGCUGCAACACGGUGGGCUACGACAUCAGCAGGGUGCGCAAGGCGCGCAACGUUCAGAUGUACACCAAAACACGAGCCUCCAUGCCUUUCAGAGUUUACCACUAUCAGCUGAAGAUCCAUUUCUCCAGUAAGGUGAACCGUUCGGAGAUGGAGCCCUCAAUCACUGUCUCGCUGUAUGGAACAAAAGAAGAGGCGGAGAACCUGGAGCUUAAACUAAAGGAGAAAAUAGCAACAAAUAAGACACAUUCAUUCCUGCUGGUGACAGAAAAGGAUAUCGGUGACCUGUUGAUGUUGAAGUUUAAAUGGGAGGACACAAACACCUGGUCGGCCUCCAGCAUGUUGAAGAUGGUUUCCUCUUGGUGGUCCGGUGACUCAGACAGCGCUGACAUGGAGGUUCACAAAAUUCGCAUCCGAGCCGGCGAGACCCAGCAAAAGCUGGUGUUCUGUGUAAAAGAUCCUGAAGCUCAGAGCUUAACACAGGAGGUCACAUUUGUUAAAUGUAAGGAUGCCUGGAGGACAAACACCAAACAAACUCCAAAAAGAAUAACUCUGGAGAACCACGGACUCUGAAGAGAAGACCCAACUGCCCUCCGGUCCAUUUCAGCACUUAGUAAAUAAUUUAUACACCUGUAAGUUAUUUUAUUUCACAAAUUAUACAAAACCCUCACUGCCUUGUGUGUAUAUAUAUCCAGAGAGGUUUGUUUGUUAUUUAAAACAAUACGGAUGUAAAUUACUGUGUACUAUUUUUGUAAAAAGUUGUUUUUAUGACAUAACUGUGACAUCAUUGUUGUACAAAAGUAAAGGCCGUUGUCUUUAGUAGAGAUGGAUACUAGUCGAAGUCACUUCAGAGUGUCACAUACUGAGAGACCUGAUGACUGGAUAUACCAUAGUAGUUCUGGAGGUAUGAAUGUCCUAUUGUGCAAAAUACCUAAAGAUAAGUUUCAUAUUUAUAGUAAUCACUGUGAAGAAGAAUGAUGUCCUGCAGACUGUUGCCCCCUCUCAAAAAGAGGGGAAAAUAAUGUUAAAGGUGAAUUUCUUAAGGUGUUUUAUGCAGUAGGGUACAGUUUAUUUACCUUAAUGGACUAAUGCACAACCUAACAGAGCAUUCACCACUGUAGCUCUCAGCACUUUACGUGACUGUGGGACCUGUAUCAGUGUGCCUUACUGUAAACGGUGGCUAGAAGUGAGCUGUUGCAAGACGAAACUUAGCCAUUUGUUUUUUCACCUGCGUUUUACUGCUAUUAUUUUACCAACUUUGUGACUUUUACUGAACCACCUAAACAUUCUAGAGAUGUUGUUUCAAACACUUUUACAGCAUUUUUACUGCCGCACCACUGCAAGACGACAUGUUACUCUAAAGCUGUUACCUCAAACAAGCGCCUGACAUUUUGUCUACCAUUUUUCUGUUAAUGUUUCUAAACUUCAUGAGGUAGGCGGUGCUCAGCGGGAAGUAGAAGGCACCGUUAACCUCAGUGUUGUCACUUUGUUGUGCUGUCUUUGUUUCUUCUGUGCUCUUAUUCAUAAGAACAUUUCCAGUCCCAUGAGCACUAGUUAAACCUCGGCUCUUAAGAGAUCGGUACUGUAAUCAUUGUGAUUUCAUUUCCACCUACUUUUAAAAAAGAGGAAAUGCUUCACUUUUGCACUGAAAACAGGGGACGUCAUUGCUCAACCAAGCUACUUGUCAGUAAAUUUAAUGUAAAUACCAUAAUACUGAUGAUAGUUUUUGUAGUAUGGAACCCUGUUAGUUAUAUAUUUUUACCUCUGGAUGAGCUUAAUCUGCUAAAUGUGCAUUUCUAUAAUCGUUUGUACAUAUUUGUAAGUAUUCACUGUGCUGUAUAAAUUCAUUAAUAAACCAAAACUGCCAUAUGA